UGUAACUUGUGUGAAUCGAUACAUGCAGUACUGUACGCCGGAGAGGACACGAUAACGGUGACAUGGUCGCUGGACCGGACGGCAGUGCCGGCCGGCGGCGACGCUGCCUACGAGAAGGUGAAGGUGCUGCUGUGCUACGCUCCGGUGAGCCAGAAGGACCGCGGGUGGCGCAAGACCGACGACCUGCUGAAGAAGGACAAGACCUGCCAGUUCACCGUCGUCGAGCAACCUUACAGCGGCGCCACUGCGAGCGCCAACGUCACAUACAGAAUCAAGCGCGACGUGCCGACCGCCACCUACUUCGUGCGUGCCUACGCGCUCGACGGCUCCGACACGCAGGUCGCCUACGGCCAGACCACCGACGCCAAGAAGACCGCCAACCUAUUCGACAUCGUCGCCAUCACGGGCCGCCACGCCUCGCUCGACAUCGCCGCGGGGUGCUUCUCCGCCUUCUCCAUCGCCGUCCUCAUCUUCUUCUUCUUCAUCGAGAAGAGGAAGGUCAAGAAGUAGACCGGGGUCGAAAUCAGACCAGUCUUUUCAGAUGCACCUCGAUUUUCUCUACUUCUAACGGCAGAAAAGGAUGUGUCUGAAAAUACUAGUAUGAUGUGAUGGUGAAGAAUGAUUAAUCAUUCUCUUACUCAUUACCAAUCAUGUGUUGUUUGUUGUGUUAUUAUUGUAAUGAGGAGGGGGAGUUUGGUUUCUAAUGUUGUUCUAUUAUACAUCCAAUACGUGUUCUUAUCAGUGUUUUCCACUGUUGAGGGGUGUAAAAGGUGUUUAGAAUGACUAAAUUAAAGAGUUGUACACGCACUCGAUCGUUUACA